AUGUUCAAUUUCGGCGGCUCAGGUGCCAAUGCUAAUAACGCAGCCAACGGUGGAUCACUGUUUGGCAAUAAACCGGCGAGUACUACUCCAGGUCUUUCCGGUGGGAUGAAUAAUGGCAGUAUACAAGGUCAACCGUCUGGAUCGCUUUUUGGGCAAAAUAGCAACAAUCAACAGCCAAAUCAGGCCAGUGGUGGUCUUUUCGGACAGCCGUCUUCAGGAACUACGGGUUCCGGUGGUCUUUUUGGAAAUAAACCCAGUGGGGGGUUGAGUUUUGGUCAAAAUACGAAUCAGCAACAGCAAGUCGGUGCACAGAAACCGGGCCAAUUGGGCACUUCUCUCUUUGGUGGAGGUAAUAACAACACUCAGGGAUCAGGUGCGGGAGCUGGAGGAUUAUUUGGCGGCGGUAGCAACCAGCAACAGUCGAAUCCUCCCGCUGGCGGAGGCCUUUUUGGAAAUACUAAUCAGCAACAGGCUAAUCCUCCCACUGGUGGAGGUCUCUUCGGCAACACUAAUCAGUCACAAUCAGGUACUGGCUCCGGUGGCCUCUUUGGCGGCAACAAUCAGCAGCAAUCUGCCUCUAAUACGGGUGGUUUGUUCGGCAGCAGGCCAAAUGCCCCCUCGGGCGGACUCUUUGGCAGUUCUACCAACAAUGCGGGCUCCAACACUGGCGGGCUUUUUGGCGGCAACAACCAACAACAGCAACAGCAACAGCAACAGGGCUUCGGAUCCGGUUCAUUGUUUGGAUCUAAAGCUCCGCAACAACCACAAACGACCUCUUUGUUCGGGAAUAGCGGAACCGUGAACUCCACCCAGCCUUCUUUUGGUUGGUCUCAGCCAUCGAAUGGCCAACAAACCACUCAGCAAACAAACCAGUCACAACUCCAGCAGCAGCAACUUCAACAGCAGAUGCAAUUUCAGCAGCAGCAAAUACAACAAUCACAACAGUCUAAUUACCCACAGCAAAUCCAAGAGCAGAUUGUGAAGUGCAAAGACUCCUGGAACCCUCAAUCUUCAAAAGGCAAACUAAGGACCUUCUUUUACAAUAAGGUGAAUGAAACGGAGGCAAUGCUUUAUAAUAAACCUCCAGAAAUAUCUCAAGAAGACUGGGAUGACGCCCUAUUACAGAAGCCUUCGGCAAGCGUGAUUCCGGUCCAAGCUUUCGGUUUCGAUGAUUUGAACGAAAGAAAUAAAUUGCAGAGGGAUAACGUUGCACAAGCCCGUCUGAUAUUGAACCAGGUUCUCGAGAAACUGACUCAACUUUCACAAAAGCACGAUUUGGAGACAGCUUCUCGGAUCUUGAAGGCCCAGAGUAGAAACGUCAAAAUACAGCAGAGGAUUAUAAGACUUGGCUCACAGUUGGCUAUAUUAAAGAGCAAAGGGUUGCCUUUAUCUGUUGGUGAAGAAAAUAUGUGGUCUGAAUACGAAAAGCUGCUCAAGCGAAGCAACGAUCCUGCUGGUCUUGGUAAGAAUAAUGAACUUUGGGCAAGGCUAUCGGUUUUGAAAGAACGGUCAAAGACUAUUUCAGAUCAGCUAGACAGCACUCUGGUCGUCAUCAGUGAAAACAAUGGUAGUACCGAUGUCCAGUCGAAGGGUUCUGGAAAACAGGAAGACAGGAGGGUUGACGAAGAACUUGAAGGCAGAGUCAACAAGAUUGCAGAAAUUUUGAGCAAUCAGCAACGUGGGCUGUGCUACUUGCAAGAUGUGCUUGAAAAAGACGAAAAGCUUGUUAACAAAUGUGUAAGUCAACGAUCUAUCUAA